AUUAUAUGACAGCUCUUAAAAGCUCCCACCACCAUCAUCGUUCAUCAACUCUCUCUACCAUGGUGGAUCCAAUGCUCACCUUAAUUCUUCUAUUUAAGUAGCCAAUUUUCUCUCCAAGUUUUUCUCAACAAUAUUAUGCAAACAACACCCGCCACACAAUCUCUCUCUCUCUCUCUCACUCACUCACUCUUUCCAUAUAUGCCAACUAUUUUUGUUAACAAUUUUCCUUGUUUACAAUACAACCUCCUUCCUUCGGUUCAAUCUCCAUAAUUCUAAUCCUAUCACCACCACCACCACCACCACCGCUACCAUUGUCAUAAUUGUCUCGUGCCCGAAAAAGAAUGGACCCCAUGGAGUUAAAGCGCGUGUUCCAAUUGUUUGAUCGAAAUGGGGAUGGGCGUAUUACGAAGAAAGAAUUGAAUGAUUCGUUGGAGAAUUUGGGUAUCUUUAUCCCGGAUAAAGAGCUAAUCCAAAUGAUUGAAAAGAUUGACAUUAAUGGAGAUGGUUGUGUGGAUAUCGAUGAAUUUGGAGAGUUGUACCAAUCGAUAAUGGACGAGCGUGACGAGGAGGAGGACAUGAAGGAGGCGUUUAAUGUGUUUGAUCAAAAUGGUGAUGGGUUCAUCACUGUUGAUGAAUUAAGAUCGGUUUUGGCAUCUCUUGGUCUUAAACAAGGGAGGACUGUAGAGGAUUGCAAGAAGAUGAUAAUGAAGGUGGAUGUGGAUGGAGAUGGUAUGGUUAAUUAUAAGGAGUUUAAGCAAAUGAUGAAAGGUGGUGGGUUUAGUGCGUUGGGAUGAAAAAAAUAAAAAUAAAACAGUGAUAUUUUGAAGGGGGGUCCAAUAUAGGCUGUAAAUAUUUUGGAGAUCCAUUAGUAGUGAUGAAAUGUGAUCCUUCUCAUGGCUACAUUCCUUUGGCUCAAGCCAUUUCUGUAGUGUAUAACGCCUGUCGGCAGGUGUCGGACACACGCACCAAUGCUCUUGGGAUUUUUUUUUUUUUUUUUUUUUUUUUGGGGUGGGGUGGGUUGGUUUGGUUUGGUUCCAUAUUAAUAUCAUCAAAGAAAGUAAUUAGUUGUGUUUUAUUUGUGAGCUUUUGUGUUCGACUCUAUAAGAUUGGUGUGGAGGUUUCUUUUUU